UACAUGACACGUCAUAAACUGUAGUUUAAAUUGGGAGGUUUAUGCGGUCAAACGCCAUCACACCCUCCAAACGUUUCAUGGUCUCGUCUACACUAUUCAACAUGGCUGAGUUCGUAUCAAACCGCAGGAGGCUAGACCGGCCUCAGGACUAUUUGUUUUGGUCGCAUAUUAUCGCCGUGUGUUUAAUCACCAUUCCGAACCAAAUUUAUCUGAAACUCAAGCAUCAUAAACAACGGAUUUGUCAGCUAUGAGGCCAGAUGAGUAGGACAACCGAAACAGAUAGAACAUCAAGUUUAGGCAAAAUUAUUUUCAAUUAAGUAGAAUCCGCCAUUCCAAAGCACUUUAUCGUAGAAUACGAUGUUGAUCGAGCGACUAAAAUAAACAAUCGCGCUCUAUUUAUUCAGGCUUGCUGCAUUCAACUUAGUACGUGGAAAACUAUGGGUUCGUGUAAUGGGAAUGUAGAAGAAAAUUCACGUUACUGUAUAUUCGUAAUCUUAGUGACACAAUUACCGUUCGCUUUCAUUAUGGGAAUACACUUGACGGCAUUGAAUUCGCUGACCCCCGUGAUAGAAGUAUUCAUCAACGAAAGCUAUCAAGUUCGUUAUAGAGAGUCGCCUUCGGAAUAUACAGCAAAUCUUAUUAUCAACCUUGCACAUUCAGCUCUUGUUUGGGGAUCUCUUGUUGGUUGCGUCCUUGUCAAACUAGUGAUUAACUUAUUCAGUCGCAAAGGUUCAAUUCUUAUGACACACUGCUUCAUGGUGCUGUCUUCUAUUUUGAUGGGGCCUGUUGCGCAAUACGGCCACUCCUACGAAUCCCUAAUCAUCGGUCGUUUCAUCAAUGGGAUAUUCAGAGCGGUGGGUUUUACAGUAGUUGUGAUAUUCAUUGCUGAAACAACAUGCCGAAGAAGACUUGGAUUCUAUCAAGGCCCAUUUUCAACAUUCCAAUUUAUAUCAAGCGCAUUUGGCUUAGGCCUAGCACAUUCAAAGGUUUUAGGAACGCAAGAUCUUUGGAUGUGGACAAUGUGCAUUCCAAUUUUCGCUUCGGUAAUAUAUUUCGUCUGCUAUCCAUGGAUUCCAGAAACUCCUGUAUACGUCCUUAAAAAACGAAAGCGAGAAGACGCUCUGAAUAUUUUAAAAUUGCUUCGAUCGGAACCAACUGUGGAAAAAGAAUUGACUAUACUUGAAAACGAAUCUGAAGAACUACCGUCACAAAAGGAUUUACCGCUCAUGAUGUUGCUGAAGAAACGUUAUUCGAGGCGACAAUUAUUUACAACCAUGAUAACAAUGACAACUGUGCAAUUACUUGGAAUUCAGGCGAUCACGAUGUUUUCAGAUUCGUUACUGCUGAGUGCUGGUGUGGAUGAAGGUUACGUCACAAUCGUAUCUGUUGGCCUCUUUCUACAAAGUAUUAUUGCAUUUUUGAUAUCAGCACCUUUGCAAAGACGAUUCGGUACUAAGAAAGUUUACGUCAUUGGACUUUUUGUUAUUACGAUAAGCUACAUGAUAUUUGUAAUAGCGGAUGGACUACAUGUUAAAAUUCCAACGACGAGUUACGUCGCAAUUUUCGGAUUGUUUGCAGUUUUCUUUGGUUUACAGCUCGGCCCGCUAUUUGUGUUAUCGGGUCUUCCAUCCGAACUAACGACUGCCGGUAGUCGUCCUACUGUUGUAUUUUAUAGUCAAUGUGCGUACUGGAUUUUAGCCGGUAUCAUAAUAUUUGUGUUUCCGUAUUCGCAUCAAGCAUGGGGUGUUUACUCGUAUAUACCAUUUGUAGCCAUUUCGAUAAUUCUUGUCCCAUUUUCUAUAUUUGUGCUACCGGAAACUCAUAAUCGUUCUUCGGCACAGAUUCAAAAAUCUUUUGGGAUGAAAACUAUGGCAUUGGCAUCCAAGUCAGACGAUUGCAUUGAAACAGUACCGGUGUUGCAACUAGCAAAUGAUCAAAUGGCAUAAUAUGUUAAUUGACUAGCCUAAAAUUAUAUCGAAUUGUAUUCGCAUUUAAUGAACCAUGAAUCAGAUAUUUAUGCACAAUAAAAGCAUAUUCAUAAUCAAAAUAAAGUAGGCAUAUGUUACGUGAAAUAGUUAAAACUGCUACAUUUGAUAAGAUUUGUUAUGACUAAUUUUGAUGCCGAUAAGAUGAUAUUUAUUGCUGAGAUACGAGUCGAUUUAUUCAUUUAUGUUGAUUUUAGAAGUCAGUUUCCACCAAGGUUGUUUAGGCAAAUAACAGUUAACUCCUAGUCAAUGAAUUGUAAAUUUGAAAGACACUCUGAUUACGCUUCUGGUAAAACAGGCCCAGACUUCGACUUUACAGGCCUAGUUGGAUUGACUUUGUUUGGUGGGGAAAAGUUACUGUCUAGGAUUGAUGGUCAAACUUGCCUAACGAUGAUUAGGAGCUGUCUAUUAUCGAUUACUAACUACAUAGUUCAGCUGACGAAAAAGUUUCAAGAUUUAUAGUAAUUUUGUGUUGAAUAUAAAUCCACACUUUCGUUAAUGUAUGCGUUUUAUAGAUGUUGUCAAUUUUUUUCUGACGUUGUCCGUUUACUGUCAGUAUUCAUAUGAGACG